CUCCUCCGUCACUGUCAAUGUCAAUCACAGUGUCGAGCAGUAAUAAGACGUUUCACGACAGAGCAAGGUGUCGAUAAACAUCAUGUUCUCGCCACCUGCUGAGAAAGAUAAGGCGGCCGACCAAAUGGUCUCAUCUCCCCCACCGGAAGUCGAACAGCAACACAGGGUGAAAGCAAAGGUACGAGAAUGGGUAGGAGUCCUGAGUUCCGUGUCCGUCGAGCCUGCAGCCUUGUGCAUGAUGGCGUCAAACCUUAUGACGUACCUCCUCUUUCAAAACUUGUUCAUCGAAAAUAUCUGCCGAGUUGGGCGCAACCAUUCGGAAGAAGUUUGUCGAGAGAUUGUGAGCGUGAAUCCUGCCUAUGCCGAAGAGGAGCAAGAAAUUCAGAAAAUAUUCGCCUACCAUAAAAGUUAUCGGGUCCUUUUGGACUUUACUUUGCCCAUAAUUUUUGUCUUGUUCGUGGGUCCGUGGAGUGAUUAUUAUGGGAGAAAGAUUCCUCUGUUGGUCACGUCGACGGGGACAGCAUUGUAUGCGAUGGUCUCACUCUACUGUUCAUUCCAUGUCGGGACGAUGGACCCACUUUGGGUCAACCUUAUCACUGCUAUUCCUCGCUGUCUGACCGGGGGCGAGGUCGCAUUCGGAAUGGCAGCCUACAGUUACAUUAGCGACAAAACUGAUCACAAAUAUCGCACCGUGAGGACGGGAAUGUUGAAUGCGGGUUAUCAACUCGGGGUACCCCUCGGUUUCUCCCUGGUUGGUCUGGCUGCCCGAUCGGGAUUAUCUUAUUCGACAAGCUUCUCCAUUUCUGUCGUCUUUUCUCUCUCGGCCGUCGUGAUUGUGGCGCUGACGGUGAAAAACGAGACGAAAUUUGACAGAAUGAGGAAUUCGGGGAGUGGCAUCGUCUCAAAAAAGAGAGAGUCGGGUGAAAGUAAUCCGACUUGUUGGAGCAUUAUCGACCCUCGGAAUAAUAUUAUUUCAGUGAUUGCACUACCCUUUAAACGGAGGGAGGGAAAUGCACGGAUGAAUAUUUUACUCUUACUUCUGGCCUUUAUCUUCUCAGCGGCACCAAUUCAUGGAGAAUUCCAGGUUUUCUAUCUCUUCGUAAGGGAGCGACUCGGCUGGGACGUGGUUGCAUUUGGGUCAUUCUCCAGCUUCAAUUGGUUCAUUGGAGUUUCCGGUGUUGCCCUGUCCAUGGGUAUUCUGUCGAAAUGGAUGCAACUUCGCGAUCCUAUCGUAGGCUUUAUUUCCGGAAUGAGCCAAAUGGGUGGCUGUCUAAUCUACGUUCUGGCGACAAAUGCUGCAAUGAUGUAUUUGGCUUCCACGGUGGACUUAAUGAACGGAACGAUGGUCGUAAUUGCACGUUCGAUGCUGUCAAAACUUGUCCAUCGGGACGAGAUUGGCAAACUAUUUUCACUAAUUGCCGUCCUUGAGUCGUUCAUCCCACUCGGAAUAAUUCCCGUCUAUGCGACCGUGUAUGGCUUAACGGUCCAAACUUUCUCUGGCUCGGUCAUCAUCUUGUCUGCAAUUCUGACCAUCCCACCACAAAUUAUUUACAUGUGGUUUAUCUGUAACAAGAAGGGACACGAACAGGAGGCAAUUGGACAAGAGGGGAACAAUAGACUUGGCCACAAAGUUUCAAAAAAUGGGAAAUUUGGGGAAAGUGGAGCUUAAUAUUUAUCCAAAUGGUAAUAUAAUUACUUUGCUUUAAAUGCUUUCCAUAUUAAAUCCAUGUACCUACCAUAACACAUAAGUAAAUAAAUACUCGGGGAAGUUUUGAACGCGCAGUUAAAAAAUGCAAUAAGUUUUAACAAUAAAUAAUGCUUAAUGUUAAGGAUUAA